UGGAACGGAACCACCGGCCCGGCCAGAGUCAGAGAGAGAGAGAGAGAGCCCAACGCUGGAGCUGCGCCGUCUCGUCUCUUGCCAAUUCGCCAUCUAGAUAGAUAAGAAAAGAGAGAUCGCAACACGCACACGGCCACCACGCGGCCCGCCUGAGCCUCCUCCCCCCAAUCCCUCCACCCCCACCCCCACUUCCGCACCGAGAAAACUCUCCGGCCAUGGCCGCCUUCCACCCGCUGGCCGCCUCCCGCGUCCGCAUCUCGCCUCUCGUCCUCCCGGCGGCCGCGAUGGCGGGGGUGGGGGCGGGGGCGGGGGCGGCGUCGUACUCGCAUCACAGGAGGAGGUACUGCGCCAUCGUGGCGACCGCGGCGGCGUCCCCGGCGGCGGCGACGGAGUUUGACUUCAAGGCGUACAUGGGGGAGCGGGCGGAGGCGGUGAACCGGGCGCUGGACGCGUCCAUCCCGGCGGACGAGCCCCCCGUUACGCUCCACGAGGCGAUGCGGUACGCGCUGCUGGCGGGCGGGAAGCGGGUGCGGCCCGCGCUGUGCCUGGCGGCGUGCGCGGUGGUCGGCGGGAGGGAGGCCUGGGCGAUGCCCGCCGCCGCCGCGGUCGAGAUGGUGCACACCAUGUCGCUCGUCCACGACGACCUCCCCUGCAUGGACGACGACGACCUCCGCCGCGGGAAGCCCACCUGCCACGUCGUGUACGGGGAGCCCAUCGCCGUGCUCACCGGCGACGCGCUGCUCUCCCUCUCCUUCCAUCACAUGGCCAGGGUCGACUCCUACCCUCCGGAUAUUGACGCUGACAAGCACCCAGCCCGCGUCGUUCGCGCCAUUGGCGAGCUCGCCCGCUGCAUCGGCUCGGAGGGCCUAGUCGCCGGCCAGGUUGUUGAUCUUGAGAUGACUGGCUCAUCCGAAACCGUACCCCUUGACCGCCUUGAGUACAUCCAUCUUCACAAAACUGCUGCAUUGCUUGAGGCAUCGGUGGUAAUUGGGGCAAUCUUGGGGGGUGGCUCUGAUGAGCAGAUUGAACGGCUGCGGAAGUAUGCGAGGUCGAUAGGAUUGCUGUUCCAGGUGGUUGAUGAUAUACUUGAUGUCACCAAGUCUUCUGAGGAGCUUGGUAAGACAGCGGGGAAGGACUUGGCAAGUGAUAAGACGACCUACCCUAAAUUACUAGGGCUGGAGAAAUCACGGGAGUUUGCAGAAAAGUUGCUUUCUGAUGCAAGGGAACAACUUUUAGGAUUUGAUCAAGAGAAGGCAGCACCACUUCUGCACCUGGCCAAUUAUAUUGCCUAUCGGCAGAACUGAGGUUCGUUUUACCAUGUAUAUAAUUGUAAGCUUCUUUCACUGGAAUGAGCUUAUAUUGGAAUUUGUUCUGGUGAACACAGGAAGGAGCCAAAAUUUUCUCAAGCCUAGGGCUCAACUAGUGUAAUUUUCAAGAUUUUGCAUUUCUCUUUUAUGUUUCGAAGUUUUCGAGUGUAAUUUUCAGUGGAUAUUUAGGCUUAUGGCAAUUGGGAUCAAUGUUUCUCUAACAGCUAUAUAUAUGUAUAUUAUUGGUUCCAAGCAUUUGGAAACUGCAAUCAGAGAAAGUGUUUAGUUACAUAAGUGUAGUAAAUGUUUUCUUUUCCUGCCCGAUGCAAAGGUUAGCUUAUUGAAAGGCCGGAACACUGCAUUUCCAUGACACUAUGUAUUCUCUUAGGGAUUAUCAAUGGUACUGAAAUUGAUUCCUGUGCUUUGCUUAUAGCCUGUUCAGGUAGUCAAGUACAGUAGGACCUUGAAUACAUGUUUUUUCGUUGGAAUAAUGGAACAGUAAAAGCUGCAAUAAAGUCGCCUCCACU